AUGGCGCGUUUUGAAUUGUGUGUGAAAGCAUUGCUAAAAGCUCCAUCUGCGGAAGAAUGUCAUUUGGCAGCUGACAAGUUAACACAAUACGUUAAUCAAACCGGAUUGAAAUCGUUAGGGGAUGACAAGAUUCUAAUCACCCUCGCAAAUGCUUGCAAGAACAAAAAGAGUGGUUAUGAACGUGAAGCAGGCGCAAUCGGUUUGACCGCCGUUUUCACAAAUGUAGGCGGAAAGAAUUCUCCUUCUCCUCUUGGUGCGGAACCAUGGCUAUUAUCAACGCUUCCUAUCUUGCUUGAAUUACAUGCAGACAAAGGAGAUGUUGUCAGGGAAGCAGCUGAAUCAGCCAUCAAAUCUCUCAUGGCAUUACCACCACCAGAAGCCGUACCAGAAGUUUUGGAACAACUAUAUCAAGUACUCGAGAAUAGCGCUACAAAAUGGCAAGCAAAGGUUGCCGCUCUCAAGACAAUCGGUCGUAUGAGUGAUUCAGCACCUGAACAAAUUGGUGAACAAUUAGUAGAUCUCAUUCCUCAUCUCAAAAAUAGAAUGUCCGACACAAAAGCAGAAGUUGCUAAACAAGCAGUCAAAACAACGACAAAAGUAUGUGGUGUGAUCGAUAAUAACGAUAUCCGACCCCAUUUGGCAUCUCUAGUCGAAGCAAUGCGUGCUCCUGACACGGUGCCUGAAUGUAUCAAACGUCUUUCUGCUACCACCUUUGUUGCCGAUGUUACUGGACCUGCUUUGGCUGUUAUGGUACCUCUUCUUGCCCGUGCAUUGAACGAAAGAAGCCAAAAUGUGCAAAGACAAACAUCAAUUAUUGUUGAAAAUUUGACAAAAUUGGUCAAAGAUCCUCAUGAGGCAUCCAAAUUCUUGCCUGCUUUGACACCUGGUGUCGAACGCAUUGCGGAAGGAGCAUCUUUCCCUGAAGUACGUGCAUAUGCUCAAAGUGCUUUGGAUACCUUGCGUGAGGCUACAAAGGUUGUCGGAGAAGCAAAAGAAGAUGAAGACCCAAAGAAAAUCUACCUCACAGCAAAGAAACAAGCCCUUCAACGUAUCAAGGAUGUCGUCACUCAAACUGCUGGUGCUCAAGUCGCAGAAGAUGCAUGGUGUCAAAUUGGAUACGAAUGGGUUGCCAGUCUAAUACCACGUUUGGCCGACAAGAGAAUCGUUCAUGCAAGUGCAUGGGAUGAAGUCUAUGUGCUACCAUAUCUCCGAAGAACAUGUGGAAAUGCCGAUUAUGCAAAAGCAGCAACUGAUGCUCUACGGAAAGAAUACACUGCCCUUGAUACAGAACGAUUCGGUGCUCCACCAGAAGAUGAUGAAGAUAUCGAAGGUGAAUGCUUGUGUAACAUUCAGUUCUCUUUGGCUUACGGUGGUUUGUUAUUGCUCAACCAUACAAAGCUACGCUUACAUCGUGGUCACAGAUAUGGUAUUGUCGCUGCAAACGGUUCUGGUAAAUCCACUUUGCUCAAAGCAAUGCGUGACGGGAAGGUGGAAAACUAUCCUACCGAAGCUGAUGGUUUGAAGACAAUCAUGGUCGAACACAAUCAAGGUGAAGGAGGUGAAUUGAGAAUCGUUGAUUUCGUUCAUCAAGAUCCAAAAAUUGUUCAAAUCGGUAAAUCUCUCGACGAAGUUGCACAAGCAUUGGGUGAAGUCGGCUUUGAUGAAGAAAGACGGGUUGCGCCUGUUGGAUCUUUAUCAGGAGGCUGGAAGAUGAAGCUGGCUUUAGCUAAAGCGAUGCUCAUCGGAGCCGAUGUCUUGCUGCUUGAUGAACCUACCAAUCACUUGGAUGUGGGAUCAGUCAAAUGGCUAGAAGACUACUUGACCAAUGCAAAGGAAAAGACAGUCUUGACUGUCAGUCACGACUCUGGCUUCUUGGACAACGUCUGUACAGAUAUCUUGCAUUACAAAAAUAAGAAGAUCGAAUACCAUCGAGGAAAUCUAAGCAAAUUUGUGGCCAAGUACCCCGAAGCAAAAGCUUAUUAUACCUUAUCGACCACAAACGCUAAGUUCACCUUCCCACCACCUGGUUCAUUGAUGGGUGUUCGAUCGCAGACUCGUACCAUUCUAAAGGUUUCCGAUGCAACAUACACAUAUCCUGGUGCUGCUAAGCCAAUCAGCCUUUCCAGUCGUAUUGGUGUACUUGGUCCAAAUGGUGCCGAAAUGAUUCCACAAUCCGGAAAGGUGGAAAAGCAUCCAAAUUUGCGUAUUUCAGUUUUACAUCAACACGCUUUCCAUCAUUUGGAACAACAUUUGGAAAAGACUGCAUAUGGACACGAUCGUGAAAUUUCCGAGAAGGCCACACGUAAGAUUUCCGAAGAAGAGAAGGAGAUGAUGGAAAAGCCAAUCACAGCAUCUACAGGAGAGAAACGUAAAGUGGAAUAUAUCAAAAGUUUCCAAUACGAAAUCAAAUGGGUCGGUAUGUUGCACAAGAGUAACACUUGGAUUCCACGAUUUGAUAAAUUAGUACAAAGAUUUGACGAUUUCGAAAGUAGUCGUGAAGGUGCGGGUAGCAAAGAAUUAAGUCAAAAAGCAAUUCGUAAACAUCUUGAAGAUCUUGGUUUGAACGGAGAAAUUGCUGAACAUCACGAAAUGUCUGGCUUGUCAGGUGGACAAAAAGUCAAAGUCGUCUUGGCUGCAGCUCUUUGGAACAACCCACAAAUCUUGGUAUUGGAUGAACCAACCAAUUUCUUGGAUCGUGAUGCAAUUGCUAUGUUGGCAACCGCUAUUCGCGAAUGGUCUGGAGCAGUGGUAAUGAUUUCGCACAAUAUGCAAUUCAUCGAAGCAUUGUGUACUGAGAUCUGGAACGUUGAUAAAGGUUUGAUUAUGGACAAAUACAAGACUGCUUUGGCAAGCGAUCAUUUCGCAGAAGGAGGUGAAAAUGGAGCCGAAACACCAGACGGAGCAAGCACACCUGGUAUUGCUACUCCAGGAGGUAAAGCAACACCUGUUCCUGCAAGCCGGGUUGCAAGUAGACUCAACUCAAAAGCAGGUACACCAGUCAGCAGUGCAGCUGCCACACCUGCAGGAUCAGAUAAUGAAGAUCAAGAUAUGAGUAAAUUAAAGGCUGCCAAAGGAAAGAAGAAGAAGUUGACACGUAACGAAAAGAAAGCUCAAGAAGAACGCAGAAGAUUGCGCUUAAGCAAAUGGUUAACUUAUGGUGGUGAAAGAGAACCGGAUACGGAUGACGAGUAA